UACGAUGAAUCCACGAUUAUUCAUCAUUAUCAAUGAGUUUCAUAAUUCAUGAAAUUUCUUGGAUCAGACGUCUUUAAAUUCGAAAAAAAAAAAUUAUACAUCCAACUCGCAAAAAAUAGACUCGAAGAAGUCAAUGAAAGCGUAUAUAAAUUGCAGUGUUCUGGAGUUUCUAACUAACUCAAAACGUAAAUUUGCGAAUUGCACUCACUCUAAACCAAUUUACUUUAAUCAACGAAAAUGAAAUUAAUUGGUAUUUCGUGCAUUAUCUGUUUGACUUUGGUUUCGGCCUCAAAAAAGAUUUCACGUAGGUCCACUAUAUCAGUGAAAAUGUCAAAUUUCCUACCAUCCAGAAUGCUCUCUGGGAAAUUUCAAAUGAUCAACGCGGAUAAUAUCCACCCUGCCAAUAUUCAUGAAGCUGUGAAUACAAAUAAAGGCUCAGCAUGGAUGUUCAAUUGUUGCGGACGGGAGGGCGAUUUUAGAAAAAUAGUGGAAGAAAUUUCACUAUCAGAUGCUGGAUAUAUCCGAGAAGGCGAUAUCUUGGUCGUUAUUACUUAUGCGAGCGACAUGUUUAAGCGAAUCAGCAGUUUGAUUAAUUCGAAUGCUUACGGUGCAAACUUUUUCUCGCAGGACCUAUUGGAACUGAACUCAUAUGCAAAUGACUUAAAAAACCUCACCGGGAGAGUUCAACCGUAUACAAAGAAUAUGAUCGAGAAAAUGUGCGUUGACAUGUACACAAAUAUGUGUUUGAUGAAAGCUUCACAAGGUCCAAAUGCACCAAUUAUAUUACCAAUUCCCGGCGCAAUGCAUUAAUCAUUUAAUAUAAUUGUUUCUUUUAUAAUUUUGCUGAAUAAUUAUUACAGUUUUUUAGUAAGCACACGUGUGCAAAAUAUUCGAAAAUAAUGUUUGGCCCUGAACUCGACGAGUAUAAUGAAAAAAUUCUUAUAAAUAAAUUGUAACAACUUGAAAACGUA